AUCUCCAACAGGAUUCUUUGUGUACUUUCUUUUGUAUCUGCAGAAAGAUGGAGGAGAGCAAUAACAACCUCGGGGUGGCCAAUAAUGCCCCCGGCGACGACGACGGGCGGCUCAAGGAGCAAGACCGGCUGCUUCCGAUAGCGAACGUCGGCCGGAUCAUGAAACAGAACCUGCCGUCGAACGCCAAGGUCUCCAAGGAGGCGAAGGAGACGAUGCAGGAGUGCGUGUCGGAGUUCAUUAGCUUCGUCACGAGCGAGGCGUCCGACAAGUGCCGGAAGGAGAGGAGGAAGACCGUGAACGGCGACGACAUCUGCUGGGCGAUGCAAACCCUAGGAUUCGAUGACUAUGCGGGCGCUUUGAGGAGCUACUUGCAUAGAUAUCGGGAAAUAGAAGGGGAGAGAGUGAAUCAAGAGAAGGCCGCGAGCGGCGGCAGCGAAGGGUUAGUGAGAGAUCAUCAUCACUGGCAAGAGCAAUCUUCACAUGCGGCUAUUGGUCAUCAGCAUCAUAGCGAUAACCGAGCGGAAGAAGCUUCGAGUUCGUUCUUGAGUUUUGAUGCGUCAGAUCAGAGGAGGAAUUUCGGCUCUUCUUCGAGGCCACUUUGAAGCUGUUCUUAAUUAGUUCCUGCUAAUUUUAACAGGAUCGCGACUAUCUGAGUUGAUGAACAAGGUUAUUGAUUGAUUUUUUCAUUUUCUUUUUGUCUGGUGUUGUGUCUUGUUUUGGAUCCAAAAUCUGGUACUGAUCAAGAGAGAGCUUGUUG